CGCGCCGUCCCUCCCGUCAAGUCGCGCCUCUUCAGCCUCCGCCAGCAUGGCCGCCCUUCUCGCCCGCGGCCGCCUCAGCAGCCUCGUCCGGCCGGCCCGGGCGGCAGCCGCCGCAGCGUCCCCCAGUAGCUGGCGCCCGCCGCCGUCUCGCUUCCUCGCCGCGGGUGGCCAGUUCCAAUAUAUAGUGGUGGAAAAGAAGGGCGCUAAACAGAAUGUGGGCGUGAUCCAGCUGAAUCGUCCCAAGGCCCUGAAUGCGCUUUGUGACAGCCUUAUGAAUGAAAUGAACCAGGCCCUGGACUCUCUGGAGCUGGAUCCCCAGGUGGGCGCCAUCGUCAUCACUGGCAGCGAGAAAGCCUUUGCAGCUGGAGCAGAUAUCAAAGAGAUGCAAGACAGAACCUUCCAAGACUGCUACAGCGGUAACUUCCUUGCUCACUGGAACAAAGUCUCUACUACCAAGAAGCCGGUCAUAGCUGCUGUUAAUGGAUAUGCUCUCGGUGGUGGCUGCGAGCUGGCCAUGAUGUGCGAUAUCAUUUAUGCUGGUGAAAAAGCACAGUUUGGUCAACCAGAGAUCCUUUUGGGAACCAUUCCAGGCGCUGGUGGAACACAGAGGCUGACGAGGGCAGUGGGCAAGUCGUUGGCUAUGGAGAUGGUCCUGACUGGGGAGCGGAUUUCUGCCCAAGAGGCCAAGCUGGCAGGCCUUGUCAGUAAAGUCUUUCCUGUAGAUAAGCUGCUAGAUGAAGCCAUCAGCUGUGCAGAAAAGAUUGCUGGGAACUCCAAACUGGUGGUUGCAAUGGCCAAAGAAGCGGUGAACGCAGCCUUUGAGUUGACACUGGCCGAGGGGAAUAAAAAGGAGAAGAUACUGUUCCAUGCUACAUUUGCUACAGACGACCGGAAGGAGGGGAUGACUGCCUUUGUGGAGAAGAGAAAAGCUAACUUUACAGACCACUGACACGGUUCUGCAGAGGGCACUGCUGUCGUGAAGACAUGGGGCAGGCUGGCUGAACAACUGGCUGACAUCGAGAUCGUGGCGUUCUUUAAUCCGCACAUCUGGCCUCUUCCAGACAUCACACCUCUGCUGCAGGCAGUCUUGGACUGCAAACACUGCUGUAAAGCAGCCGCCUUACACUUGCUGGAAAACUGACGUCUUAUGGAAUCAAGAGAGGAUAUGUAGCGUGUAACUCCAAUGAUCUGGGUCUUUUGUAAUAAUUGGAACUAGUGAUUGUUCUCAAUUCCCAUUAAAUCAGCUUUCCAGGAAAGUCCUUCUCUGAAGGCACCUUUGACUGAA